AGUUACAACUGACCAUAUAGUACAAAUUGUACAGUAUUACACAGCAAAAAAAAAAAGAGUAAAAACCCAACAACCUGUUGCAUUAUUCAUCAUUUGUUGUAUUUGUUUGUUUUAUUUCAUUAGAAAUGAGCCAAUUAUUAUUAAAAAAUUUGAGUAAUAGUAUUUGGCAUGCAUUUAAUGCAUUGAAAGUUGAUCAACAAAAGGAUGUUGUGGCUAAAUCAAAACUCAAGGUUUUAACAGCAAACAUUGGAACAAUUAUGGAUCUUUAUGGAGUUGAAAAAGGUCUUGAUCAUUAUAAAAGUACAUCAUAUCUAACAUUUAAACAAUACAUAUUAUAUUUACAAAAAGAAAUAUUUUCAACAAUAACUGAUUCAACACCAGCUAAAACAUGUCGUUUAUAUGAAAAUAAAAUUGAAGAUAUAUGCUGGAUAUUAUGUAGAAAAAUGUUUGUUGAACGUCAAAAUCCAAUAUUCAAUGAUGAUUGUGUGUAUAAAUUAUUUCGUAUAUUUUGUUUAUUGGGUGAAAUUCAAUCAAUUCAAAAAACAAUUACAUUAAAUAAUGAUGAUGAUGAUGGUAAUGAUGAUGAUGAUAUUGUAAUGAUGAUAAUAGUGACAAUGCACAGUGAUGAAGUUGCUAAAAUAGCAUCACAUAUUGUUUCAUCAGUUGGUCUUGAAUGGGAUUCAGUUGAUUUUACAUUAUUAUCAUCAUCAAUUGGUGGUACAUUUAAAUUUUCAACAUUUUUAGCAGUACUUGAAUCAAAAUAUUGUGGUGAUAAUAAUGAAAUAAAUAAUAUUGCAAUAACUGAAUCAAUACAAGAUUUAUAUCAAAUAUAUAUUGAGGAUGUAUUAAAAAAAGGAUAUUUAAUGAAAAAAGGUUUUAUAUUACCGACAUUUAAAUAUUUUUGGUUUGUAUUAAAACCUGGUGAAUUAUUGUACUACAAAGAUCUACAACAAAAAGAACCAUCUGGUAUUAUAAAUUUAAAUUUAAAUUGUUGGGCAGAUAUUGCAUUAACAACAUCACAUUUAUCAUCAUCGACAUCAACAUCAACAGUUGGUUGUAGAUUUGUAUUAAGUACACCAGAACAUAAAAAUAUUGAUUUAAUUGCUGAUGAUCAUAAAGGACGUUUACAAUGGUUAGCUGCACUUAAAAUAGCAAUACAAUAUGCUAAUGAAAAAAUAACAUAUCAAAGAACAAUUGUUAAUAAACGUAAAUCAUUAAGAUUAGCUAUUAAAAAACAACAAACUGAUAUAACACAUGAAUUAAAUUAUGAAAGACAAGCAAGAAUUGCUGCUGAAAUAAAAACAUCUAAACUUGAAGAAAUAACACGUGAAGAACAUGAACGUGUUAAAGAACUUGAAAUAAUAAGAAAAAAUUUAGAAAUUUUACUUGUUGAAGAAAAACAAGCAUUAAAAGAUGAAGAAAUUGUUAGAGCAUUACAAGCACGUGUACUUACUGAAGAAUGGGAAAAACUUGAACAACUUGAAAAAUUACAAUAUCAACAACAAAAAUUACUUGAAAUUGAAAAAUUAAAAACACGUGAAUAUGAAAAUAAACAAGCUGAUAAUGAUAAACAAUUAAAUGAUGCUAAAAAAAGAUUAGCACAACUUGAAUAUGAACGUGAUAAACUUGAUAAUGAACUUGAUUUAGCUAGAAAAAAAAUACAACAUAAUUAUAUUUUUAAUUUACAAAAUAUACCAACAACAUCAACUAUCGAACAACAACAACAACAAGAUAAACGUCAUGCUAGAAUGCGACGUACACAAAGUUUAAUUCCAAUGACUAAAAAUAAUUAAUAUAUUUAAUAAAUAAAAUAUACUUGCCAUUGAAAUCAACAUUAAAAUCGAAAUAACAUGAAUAAUAAUAAUAUUUUUUAUACACCAUUUGAUAAAUAAAAUAAUUGUUUGUCAUAGAAACCAUGUAUCCACCCAAUUUGUUUACUUAUUUACCUG